AUGGCUAACUUUGAAUUUGUUUUCAUCUUGCAUUUAAUGCAUAAGAUUAUGAGAAUAACAGAUAUUCUUUGUCAAGUCCUUCAAAGAAAAUCUCAAGACAUUCUGGUUGCUAUUACAUUUGUCUCUACUACCAAAAUUAGCCUUCAAAAACUUAGAGAAUGCGGGUGGAGAGAAUUUUUUGAUGAAGUUAAAAUGUUUUGUUCAAAAAAUGAAAUUGAUGUUCCUAACCUUGAUUGUCUACAUAAGAUCGGCCGUUCUCGUCAACAAAAUACAGUUGAGCAUCAUUACCACUUUGAUGUUUUUAAUGCUGGAAUUGACUUCAUUUUGAUGGAGUUAAAUACUCGGUUUAAUGAGUCAUCAGUAGAACUUCUUUCUCUUAGUACAUCUUUAGACCCAAAAAAUUCAUUUGACUCAUUUAAUAGUGAUGAUAUUUGCAAGCUUGCAACGAAGUUUUAUCCCGAAGAUUUCACAGAACAAGACAUUAUUGCUUUGAAGUAUGAAUUGGUACAUUAUAAACUUGAUGUGAUGCAGAAUUUGAAGGUUUCUACACUUGUUGAGUUGUGUCAACAAUUGACCGAGAGUGGACGAUCAAAAGUUUAUGUUAUGUUGACUAGAUUGAUUCAUCUUGUUUUAACAUUACUUGUUUCUACCGCUACUACUGAGCGAUCAUUUUCAGCAAUGAAGAAGGUGAAGACGGAACUUCGCAAUAAAAUGGAAGAUGAUUUUAUUGCCGACUGCUUGACACUCUAUAUUGAACGAGAUUUAGCUAAAGAUAUAAAUGUAGAUUUUAUUAUAGAUGAGUUUUAUGUUAUAAAAUCUUGUAGAGCUCAACUUAUUUAA